UGAUGCUGAAUAUGAUAAAUUCAUUGGUGCCAAUCAACCUACAGAAGAAGAUGACGGACACUCCAGGACUCCUACCCCAUCAAGUGGGAGAAAAAAGAAGACUUCAUCUGGUAAAGCAAAGGUAGGGAAGGUACCAGAGAAACCAGUUCCACCUAAAGAACCUAUGGAGGAUAGAUUGAAGGGUUGCACUGCUGCCAGUGCAGUCUCAGUAGCUGUACUUAAAGCUGCAGCAAAUUUCCUACAGAAGCCAGUAGUUUGAACACCUUCGUGAUGCAACGGCUGUCACAUCUGGUAUUGCUCAACAAAAUGUAGACAAUACUGUUACCAUGCCGACCCCAGCUAUGGUGGUUUUAAGUGGUGGAAAGUCAGCACCAGGCAAACUCCACAUGCUAAAGAAUGUAUUUGCGAUUGCUAAACCAGGAUUAACUAUAAGCGAAAGUAUCAGUAACUUGAUAAAAGUUUACCAGAAUGUUGGAAAAGGUCUUUCAGCAAAAUCGAGCUCUGGGUUGCUCACUGGUGCCUCUGGUGGAUAUGAACCAAGCUAUGACAAACCUGAACAACCACUAGAUGCGAUUUUGGAAGCAAUAAACACCUCAGGACUUGUUCCAGGACAAGAUAUCUUCCUUGGAAUUGAAUGCUCAGCCCAUGAGAUAUUUGAUUAUGACAAAGGAAAGUAUGAGAUUUCCACAGGUACAUUGAAAACAGCCGAUGAAUUUAUAGAUCUUCUCAAAGAUCUAGUGAUGCGGUAUCCAUCUCUCAUCAUGAUCAUUGAUCCUCUGAGGAGGGAGGACAGGGAGCAGUGGACAAAACUUUGUGAAAUGGUUUCGGAAAAGUGUUUUAUCAUUGGAAGUGAUGUUAUAUAUGGUUCUAUGCAUUCGUUGAAUGACAACAUGCUGUCGGCGCGUAAAUCAAGUGGCCUAGUCAUCAGUACUGGGAGUAGAGUUACUUGCAGUGACUUGGCGCGAGUGGUUGGUGACAUAAGAGCACGUGAAUGCGUAACGAUAAUGACUUCACCUGUAGGGGAUGUAUGUGAUGAUAUAUUCUCAGACCUGGCAGUUGGACUUGGUGCAACCUUUGUGAGGUUUGGAGCGCCAUCUAGAGGCGAAAACACAUCCAAGAUAAAUCGCUUUAUAGAAAUUGAACGGAUAAUCAAUGAGAGCAAGACAUCCAAGAUCAACUAUUUAUCCAAGUUUGAAUUCCCUGUUAUAAAACCACCACCACCGGCGCCAGUGAGCGACGAGGAAAAUGAAAUACCAGCGGAAAAUUCUUCACCAGACCAAAAGAAGAAAAAAUAAAACAUUUUCACAUAAAAAGUGUAACAUUCUUUAUUUUUUCUCUUAUCUGUGUGUUAACGUUUUGCUCUUCAAUACAUUAUUGCUUACUGUUUAA